UCCAGCUUCCGCUAUGCCUAAAGCCUAGCAGAGCUCUGGAGGACUCCAAUCGUGCCGCCAGUCCAAAGGGAUCUUCACCGAGAGGCUCAUAACUCCAGACGGGACUUACAGGAAACUCUUAUGAAGGUACACCAAACAGAAGCUACUAUGGAGAAUCAUGUCACACAGAUUUCAAGAGAUGACCUGGAAGAUCUCAGGGAUGCCUUUAAUAGAAUUGAUUUUGAUAACAGCGGCUUCGUGAGCAACUUUGAGCUCCAGGAGCUGUUCAGGGAGGCGAGCUUCUCCCUGCCGGGGUACAAAGUGCGAGAGAUCGCCGAGACCUUCAUCGCCGGAGACACCAACAAGGACGAGAAGAUCAGCUUUGAGGAAUUUGUGUCUAUCUUUCAAGAGCUGAAGAGCAAAGAGUUCAGCGAGACGUUCAGGAAAACCAUCACGAGGAGAGACGGGAUCCGCUCCUUCGGGGGAAUGUCAGGGAACUCCAGCGAGGGAACGCAGCACUCCUACUCUGAUGAGGAAAAGGUGGCGUUUGUCAACUGGAUUAACAAAGCGCUCACAAAAGACAAAGACUGCCAACACCUGCUGCCCAUGAACACUGACGAUGAGAGCCUCUUCACCUCUGUCCGUGAUGGCAUCCUGUUAUGCAAAAUGAUCAACCAGUCUCAGCCCGACACGAUCGACGAAAGAGUCAUCAACACUAAGAAACUGGCCACUUUCACAAUGACAGAGAAUCUGGUCCUGGCCCUGAACUCAGCGUCAGCGAUCGGCUGUACGGUGGUGAGCAUCGACGCCCAUGACCUGAUGGCUGGGAAACCCCAUCUGGUCCUGGGCCUGCUGUGGCAGAUCAUCAAGGUUGGCCUCUUUGCUGAUAUAGGAAUCAGCAGUAAUGAGGCUCUGAUCGGCCAUCUGACUGAUGAGGAGAAUCUGGACCACCUGAUGUCUCUCUCCCCGGAGGAUCUGCUGCUCCGCUGGGUCAACCAACAUCUAAGCAACGCGGGAACCAAAACCAUCAGCAACUUCAGUGAAGAUAUUAAGGACUCGCGAGCCUACUUCUACCUGUUGGACCAGAUCACGCUCCAAAACGAGCACGGCUCCAAAACGAACGUCAAAAUCAACAUGAGCGGCGUGAACGAGCGAGAUCUGGACCGAAGGGCCGAGCUGAUGCUGCGACAGGCGGCCCGGCUGGACUGCAGACAGUUUGUGUCUCCUCACGACGUCACAUCCGGGAACAGCAAACUCAACUUGGCUUUCGUGGCCAACCUGUACAACGUGCAUUCCGGCGCGCAGAGGCCUCAGACCAACGGCGACAACGACGUCGGAACUGCACUCAUAGAGCCCGAGUCCAACGAAGAGAAAACAUUUAGAAACUGGAUGAACUCUCUGGGCGUCUCUCCGCAUGUCAACCACCUGUUCUGUGACCUGUGUGACGGUUUGAUCAUCAUACAGCUUUAUGAGAAGAUUAAUGUGCCCGUGAACUGGAAGAAAGUCAACAACCCGCCGUAUCCUGUCCUGGGAGUCAAUAUGAAGAAGCUGGAGAACUGUAACUACGCGGUGGAGCUGGGCAGGGACGUCGCUCACUUCUCUCUGGUCGGCGUCGGGGGAGAGAACCUGAACGAGGGGAGCCGGCUGCACACCCUGGCGCUGGUCUGGCAGCUGAUGAGGAGGUACACAGUGUUGGUUUUGCCCGAUCAGGGAGAAGGCGAUAAAGUUGGAGAUCAGAUCAUCCUCAACUGGGUCAACAGCACCUUGAGGCAGAAACGAAAGGACACACAGCUCAGAAGCUUCAAGGACAAACUGAUCAGCACCAGUCUGCCAGUGAUCGACCUGAUCGACGCCAUCGCUCCCGGUACCGUCAAGUGGGACAUGGUGAAGAGAGCGGAGGGAGGAGUGCUGAAGGAUGCCGAUAAACUCAACAACGCAAAGUAUGCGCUCUCAUUGGCUCGUAAGAUCGGAGCUCGCGUCUACACCCAGCCUGAGGAUUUGGUGAAAGUGAACCCCAAGAUGGUGCUGACGCUGUUCGCCUCCCUCAUGGGCCACGGUAUGAAAAAGGCCGACCCCUGA